AUGGUUCCUAAAGAGAAUCAGAUGACAGAUUUCCAAGAUACUUUGGAAUGGUUCUUUCUUUAUUUUAUACUUUCGUUUUCUCUUGCAAUGGCAGAUUUUGCUUGGCCAUGGCAAUACAAUUUCCCACCUUUUUUCACAAUUCAGCCAAACCUUGAGACCAGGAAGAAGCAGCUGGAGGCUUGGUGUGCCCUGGUGCUGGACUAUCACAGGCAGAACAAAUCCUACAGUGUAGAUGUGACAGAGAUUCAGUCUGCGCCCCUGUUCUGUAACAAAAAGCUAGACCGUAAACUCUCAAUAGAAGGAAUAUAUAUGGUUUUAGAAGAACUCAGAAAACAGGGACACAUAGAAUGGAAAGAUCCCAAAACAAAGAAGCAGGGCCUACUGAUGUGGAGGACUCCCGAGGAGUGGGGCAAACUGAUCUACAGCUGGGUGUCUUCAAAAAGUAUGCAGAAUUCAGUUUGCACUCUGUAUGAACUAUCUGAGGGUGAGGAUUCUGAAGGCACAGAAUUCCAUGGUUUGGAGAAGUGGCUGCUACUUCGAGCAUUGCAGACACUUCAAGAUCAGGGAAAGGCGGAAGUCAUCAACUUUGAUGGAAACGAAGGAGUGAAAUUCUUCUAACUAUCAUGUGUGACUGUGUUCACCAUACUGAGAUGGGCAAGUCUCCAGGGUCGUCUGAUCCAGGGCAUUCUAACAGAUUUACAGACGCACUGGCAAAUCUGUUAUCAUGUACAUGGUCAAUUUGAACCUCCAUUAUGUGAAUCUGUGUAUGCUUGUGUAUUACUGCAAGUGAACUUUUCUGCAAGAUUUUCAUAUCCAUGUACAAUUUUUUCAACUUAUAUGCUAAGAAUGAAGAUGCUCUUCACAGCCAUCAAUUAAUGUAAGAUCACUGGUACAUGUACAAGACCUCCUGUAAAACUUUAAUUUACUGAUAUAUUUUUUUUUCUUUGAGAAGUGUGAAACAGAAUUCAUGAAGUUGUACACUAACCAUCAAUUUAAGAAUCUGUUGUUUAUUUUCUUCUUUAUUUAACAUGUGAUGUGAUAACCAUAUGUAGUGAAAGGAAAAAUUGUGAAUCUUGUGUUUCUUAGUAGAUUCAUAUGAAACAUACUUUCGUACAUGCAGUUAGAUAUUUAUGAUUUUAAUGAGUAUGGUAGAGUGCUUGUUAUUUAUUUAUAUGAUAAUUGUAAUAAAUAUUUAAAUCCA